UAGGGUUUAAUAGUAGCCACCGUUCGGCCAUCAUUUCUCUUUCGCAGAAGCCGAAACCCUCUGCUUCUGUUUUGUUCUCUUCUCUGCAUUUCCACUUUGCACUUUUUACUCUGAAAUCGAAGCUUCUCGAAUGGCGGAAGCUUUCUUGAUCCAAACAGAGCCUCCGAAUCCACCGGAUCCUUCACCUUCUAACGUCCUCUUCCGGAGAAGAAUCGAGUUCCACCCUGUCAAGAAGCCCUUCAAGGGUUUUUCCAAUGAUUUUCACAUCGAAACCCUAAACCCCUCCUCCUCCGAACCUGGACCAUCCGGUUCCGGCGCCUCACCGGCGGGUACUAAGAAACACGACGCUUCCGAAUUCUCCGAGUUUGGCUUGGAUCCGGAGCUCAGCUUCGGAAUUACCUUCCGAAGAAUAGGAGCUGGAUUGCGAAAUCUUGGAAACACAUGUUUUCUCAAUUCAGUACUCCAGUGUUUGACAUACACAGAACCUCUAGCUGCGUAUCUGCAAAGUGGCAAGCAUAAGACUUCAUGCCACAUUGCUGGAUUUUGUGCUCUGUGUGCUAUACAGAAUCAUGUUAGCCGUGCACUGCAGUCAACUGGGAGAAUAUUGUCCCCAGAGGAUCUGGUUGGGAAUCUACGAUGCAUAUCACGGAACUUCCGAAAUGCAAGGCAGGAGGAUGCGCAUGAGUAUAUGGUGAACUUACUUGAGUGCAUGCAUAAAUGUUGCCUGCCUUCUGGAGUACCAAGUGAAUCACCUAGUGCUUAUGAGAAAAGUUUUGUUCAUAAAAUCUUCGGUGGUCGUCUCAGGAGUCAGGUGAAAUGCCAGCAGUGUUCUUAUUGCUCCAACAAAUUUGAUCCCUUCUUAGAUUUAAGUCUUGAAAUAUUCAAGGCAGAUUCAUUGCAAAAAGCACUUGCAAAUUUCACAGCUGCAGAAUGGUUGGAUGGAGGGGAGAGGCAGUACCAAUGUCAACGGUGCAAACAGAAAGUUAGGGCUCUCAAACAGCUAACAAUUCAUAAGGCGCCUUAUGUACUAACAAUUCAUCUAAAGCGGUUCCAUGCACAUGAUCCUGGACAGAAGAUUAAAAAGAAGGUUCAUUUUGGCUGUGCAUUGGACUUAAAACCCUUUGUCAGUGGAUCAUAUGAUGGAGAUGUUAAGUACUCCUUAUAUGGGGUUCUGGUUCAUUCUGGUUCCAGCACUCAUUCUGGCCACUAUUACUGCUAUGUUCGCACUUCAAAUAACAUGUGGUAUACCUUGGAUGACAAUCGGGUAAGUCAUGUCAGUGAGCGGGAAGUUUUAAAUCAGCAAGCUUACAUGUUGUUUUAUGUUCGAGAUAGAAAAAGUAUUCUUCCAAGAAAGCCUGCUGACAUUGCUAAGAAGGAGAAUAUGAAGUCUAAUGUGAAUGGAAAUAGAGAUUCUUCUACUUCAAAUCAUGUCUUGAGGGAAUAUCCAAAUGGUCUGGCAGAAAAUAAAUUUUGUGGUGAACCUUCUUUGACUGCAGAAGCUGAGAAAAACAUUUCAAAUGUUGAUUCAUCAAGGGCUUAUUUUCUGAAGGAUGCUCAGGUUCAGCAAAAAAAUAGUGUCAUUUUAACAGAAAGCUUGAUACAAAGUAAAAAACCUGUAUCUGAACUUUCUUCCAAGGCACAGGAACAGAAGGAUUUCCCAGUUGGACUCUCUGUGGCUAAAUCAGAACUUGGAUGCUUGUCAUCUUCAGAUCAUUGUAGAAAAGACUCAGUGAAAUGUUUAGCUAAACCAGUUGGAGACAAACUUAAUAUGUGCAAUGAGAAUGCUAUUUCAGAAGAGGGCAGUAAAGAUUCUCUUUCAAUGGUGCCAAUAUCCACUAAUCCCCAGAAUUUUGGACUCACUAUUGAUGGAAAAUCUCAGUCUCUGGAGCAAAAUCUUGUGAAAAAAGUUGAUGUUGCUGCACCUCAUGAUUCAAGCACAAAAAUGGCCAACACCAUUAGCCCCAUAACUUCACUGGUUAAUCUGAAAAUCAACCAUCAGCAUGGAACUUCUGCAACUGGUUCGGUGUGUGAGGAAGCAGGUAGUACAAUGCAUGAAAAUGCAGUUGGUUCUCAGGGACGGGCUUUUAAUGAGCCAAUGAAUGGAUCUUUGAUUACAGUGUCUUGUAACCAAAAGCAUGUAAAAAGAUCCAAAAAGAAGUUCCUCAAGUAUCAGUUAUCCAGCAUGCAUCUUCGCCCAACCUUCCUAUUCAUGGCAUACUUGGGCCCGAGGAAGAAGAAGAAUCACAAAACAAGUAAACGUCGCAGGUUGGGUUUCAAGAAUCCAAAUAAAGAAAAGUUGGAUAAAUGCGCUUUCUCCUCAGAAGAGGCUGAACCAUCUACAACUGGAAAAACUGAUGUAUUUCCUUGUGUAUCAAGUUGUUCGGAGAGCAAGACUCCCAGGGCUAGUUUUAGACCUGGUGUUAAUUUUAAAUCUAAUGAUGAAAAUAAUGCUGAAGUAGAAUUGAGGAAGAGAAUUGAUCAUAACUGCACUGUGCUUGCAUCAGUGACCCAAUUAGAAAACAUAUCUGGGUGUGCUUCAGUAGUAAAUCAAUUUGAAGCUAGACAACCUGAUAGUGGACAUGGUAGUAGGAGAGAUCAAAUGCAUAAUGGUUUAAUGAGCAUGCUUACUCGAGGUCUGGAGGAGACAGUUGUUGCACGUUGGGACGAUGUACAAUUACCAUCAUCUUAUACCUUGGAGUCAAAGAAUGACAAUAUCGUUAGCAGCAUUGGAUAUGUUGGGGAUGAAUGGGAUGAAGAAUAUGAUAAGGGGAAGCGGAAGAAGAUAAGGGGCUACAAACAUAGCUUUGGUGGGCCAAAUAUUUUCCAAGAGAUUGCCAUGGAGAAAUCUAAGUUGAAAAGAGCAAAGUUGGACCAAUCUAGCUCAGGGAACCUGCCAUUUAGGAUAUGACGCCCAAAACUAACUGCCUUCUAUCCGCCUGUGAGCUUCUUGUAGGCAAUUAUUAACGCCAAAGUGUAGUGAAGAGAGCACCUACCUUAUUAUUUUUUUCCAGUACAAAAAUUUGUUUGCUGGAUCAUAUUAUUGUCUUUGGGCAGAGCUGCAGAGGGUUGGGUUCUUUUAUGCAUCCGUGUUCCUGUAGGACAUUUCUCAUUUCAGACUAGUAUUAGCUGCAUGUUUGAGAAGUGAAAUGAAACCUACUGUAUUUCUAUUGUAGUACCUGCACGUUUGUAGCUCAGAAAUUUUGUUCAUGAAUUUUAAUUUGUUAAGACAUUCUCUGUAUUUCAUGUUACAAAAUGUCUGUAUGUAGUACUGGAGUUGUAUUCUGCUUUUGGUUUGAGUUUGGAUUAGCUGUGAGAAAAAAAGAUUG